AUGUCUGCUUCGCCCGAACACCAGGCUGGCUCAGCCGCCGCCUCCCCCGAGCCCGAAAAAGUCGCAACCCCAAUUGCUGGCGAUGACAACGAGACCGAGCAGCCUGCUGAGGUUGAGGAUAAUGACGAUGCGCUCGAAGAUCAGGACAACGAUGAUGAUAACGAAGGUGGCAUCUCCGACGACGAAUCGAUUCUAUCCGAGGUCGAUGAGGCGCAGUUUGAGGACUUCAACCCUGAGAAUGUCGAUGUCGAGGACCGUCCCCAGCUGGCGAUUGAUGAGGAGAACCUGAAGCUUAUCGGUCGCCACAAGCGCAAGCGUACUGAUGAUGGAGAGGGCCGCUCGCGCCGCAAGGAGGGCCGUCGUGAGAAGAAGAGCCGCCGCGCGCAAGAGGAGGAGGAUGCCGAAGACGGUUCCUCUCGUCGCAGGGAGCGCAAGAAGAAGGAGGCCUCGCCUGACACGGAUGAGGAGACUCUUGACCCCGAGACUCGUCGUCGCCGUGCUCUCGAUCGUGCUAUGGAUGAGGCCAUCCGCAAGCCUGGAAAGAGGAGAUCUCGCAAGCAGGAUGGAAUUGAUCUUGAAGCUAUGGCCGAUGCUGAAAUCGAAGAUAUGCGAAAGCGCAUGACCCACGCCGCGCAGAUGGAUGCCAUUAAUCGUCAAGAGGGCAAGCCCGCUAUGCAUAAGCUCAAGCUCCUCCCCGAGGUUAUUAUGCUCCUCAACCGGAACCAGUACAUCAACAGCUUGGUUGACCCCGAGAUCAACCUUCUCGAGGCCGUUCGAUUCUUCUUGGAGCCAUUGGACGAUGGCUCCAUGCCUGCAUACAAUAUCCAGCGUGACCUGUUGACUGCACUCACCAAAUUGCCGAUCCAGAAAGAUGCUUUGAUUGCCAGCGGAAUUGGCAAGGUCGUUGUUUUCUAUACCAAAAGCAAGCGCACUGAGCGACGCAUCAAGGACAUGGCCGAGAAGCUGCUGGCCGAGUGGACACGACCAAUUCUCCAGCGCAGUGACGAUUAUUCGAAGCGUGUCUUCCAGCAGGCCGACUUUGAUCCUACCAAAAUCAUCAAGCGCACCCAGACUCCCGCUGAGGUGGUGGCUGCCGAAGCUCGUGCACGCGAGAAGCUGCCUCCUCGUCUUGCCAACCGUGCCCGUGUUGACCGUACCAAUGUGACCUAUACCAUCGUGCCUCGACAGACUGCAGUGCAAGAGAGCAAGUUUGCGCGACCACUGGGUAGCAGCGGCGAGGAUCGAUUCCGCAAGAUGCAAGCCCGCAACAAUGCUGCGCAGAAGGGGUCUCGUCGGUAA